UAGAACUCAAGUGGCUUCAAAGGACCGAUAAAAUGGGUUCAUCAGUGCUGCAGACGUAUGUGGUGUGCACGAGUGUGCUGUACUUCAAGUUCCUGCGUGUGACGAUGAUCCAAGCCAAGAAGACGUUCGAGGCCGGCGGUCGCGCACCUGAAGAUAAGGCUCUUCCGCUGGCCAAGGGCCGUCCGCAACAGACGUACGGCAUGGACCCGAAAGCGACAAAGGACGAGAAGAUCCUUAAGGCUCGUGAAGUGGAACAUCGCUGGCGUCGCAUUGUGCAGAACGACCUGGAGUCCAUUCCGCUGGCUCUGGUGGUCUUUGGCAUCGGUGUCGCUAUCGAGGACCGUAUCAACCCGACCGUGCAGAUCGGAGCGAUGGCGACGUACACGGUACUGCGUUGCUUCCACACCGUCGCCUACGCCAAGAAGUUACAGCCACACCGGGCCUGGUGCUGGCGUCUCGGCGUCGUAGCCAUCGUGGCAGGUGCCGUCAACGCUGUGAUUGGCGUGUACGCAUAGGAAUCGAGCUGUACA